AGAAGCUAUUCAGGGCAUGCUUUCUAUGGCAGGAUUGCACUAUACUACAUGUUUACCAGGUCAUACUCAAAGCACAGAGUGCACAGAAAAAAGAACCUCUCUUCAGGAACACAGAAGCUACCCCAGGAGUCGACAUAAAGACAGACAGACAUCUCAGAGUCACAAAACAAUAGAAUGUGGUAGGUCUGUGAAGGAAGAGGAAAGAGACUUGGGGACUUCAGCAUGGGCUAGACACCUGAAUGAAGCUUCGAGGAUUAUCCCUCAGGAUACAAGUAAAACUCAAAAAUGUGUCAAGAAAGAGAGUGCAUCAGAAGCCAGUCAUAAGAUUCAGGAAAACAGAAGUGUAGUCCACAACAAUGGCUUGAGUUUUCAGCAUGGCAAGUAUACACGAGACUCCAGUCUAAUUCAAGGAGAAUGUCAGCUGAGUGAUGGCAGCCUUAGCCCUGACAGGCCGUAUGGUGAAACGUCCUUGUCUGUACCACUUCAUCCAACAAAGAGGCCAGCAGCAAAUCCACCUCCUAUCAGCAACCAGGCGACAAAAGGCAAACGUCCAAAGAAAGGAAUGGCAACUGCUAAACAACGCCUUGGGAAGAUCUUGAAGCUGAACCGGAAUGGCCACGCGCGCUUCUUUGUUUAAUGUAGCUGCUACUUCGACUACUGCUGUCUUUCCUACACAGACCAGUAUUGAGGUCAACACAGCCUGGAGCUGCUGUUAUUCCUCUGCUUGAAGCAGACUUGCAUGUACCAUAUGAAACACUGCCUGAUGAACAAAAACGAGAAAAAAAAAAAAAAAAAACAACCCAAUGCUGCAUUUUCACUGUGCCACACCUGCUCAGCAAUAACCAUAUGGGAAUGGGGAAAUCUUCAGAGAGACAUGGACUGUGAGAAAUCGUCUCUCAUCAGGGCUUGAAUAUCAUUUGUUGCUGGUAGUUUCUGACUUAAUUGAUGAGGGGAAGAUGAUGAAGGUGGUUUAUCAAUAAUUUAUUUCUGAUAGAUUUUGACAAGUUUUAAAUUCAUUUUAAAA